GAAUAACCCACCACCAAAGGAUGAACGAGGAGGGGGAUGUACCUUUCUGAAAAGAUACACGCGGGUCUGCACGAUGAGCAGGAUAUUUUCUGGACUGACGAGAGGGCAGUGAGGUACAUGUGGAGGUCACACACGGGGACCAGGGCUCUAAAGCAACUCCAUGAAGUUGACGGCUGCCUCUCCAGCUGCAGCCUCACUACUCGGCCGGAAUCGUCCUUACCGCCACUUCAGGACCAGCUAUUGUGAUCCGCAACAGCAUGCAUCGACAUUGGCAGUGGCAAUCUUAGCUGCUACCAUAAGUCUUCCAGACCAUGGCCGAAAGAAGGACGUUCAUGGGAAACUUCCAUCUUCGUAUUCGCAUACAGAUGGAGAUGGCUGUCCUUGCUUCCAAACCCUUUCCUCUGGCCGCUCCUUGCAGGACUGAGCUACUGAGUCAUGGAGGGCAAAUGGGAUGAUGCCAGCUUCAGCAUCGAGCACGAC